AUGAUGAUUUCGGGCCCAAAACAACCAGGAAAUGACAUAGAUGUUUAUCUAAGUCCACUGAUCGAUGAUUUAAAAGUUUUGUGGGAGGAAGGGGUGGAUGUUUUCGAUGCACAUUCUGGUGAACAGUUCAAUAUGCGUGCCAUGUUGUUUUGCACCAUCAACGAUUUUUCGGCAUAUGGCAAUUUGUCUGGGUAUAAAGUUAAAGGGCAUAAAGCGUGUCCUAUAUGUGAAAAAGACACAUGUUACCAUCAACUUGAAAAAGGAAAGAAUACUGUUUAUCUCGGGCAUCGAAAAUUUCUAAAUCGUUAUCAUCCAUAUUGUAGAUUGCGGAAAGCUUUCAAUGGGGAACAAGAGCAUGGUGUUGCUCCAAAGCCCUUAACUGGAGAGGAAGUUUAUCAACGACAACAGGGCAUUACUGCUGUCUUUGGUAAGUACCAAAAGUGGCCCAUUGUGAAAAAUAUAUGGAAAAAGAGGUCGGUUUUCUUCGAUCUUCCAUAUUGGUCUAGUCUUGAGGUAAGACAUUGUAUUGAUGUGAUGCACGUGGAGAAAAAUGUAUGUGAUAGGGUAAUCGGAACACUUCUCAACAUUCAAGGCAAGACAAAGGAUGGUAUUAAUACUCGUCUAGAUUUGGGCGUGAUGGGUAACAAGACGUAUUUGCCUCCUGCCUGCUACACUUUGUCGAAAAAAGAGAAAACAAGUUUUUGUGAGUGUUUAGAAAGUAUCAAAGUGCCGCAUGGUUACUCAUCAAAUGUCAAGAGGCUUGUAUCAGUUAAAGAUCUCAAAUUAGUUGGCUUAAAAUCUCAUGUCUGUCAUGUCUUAAUGCAACAACUACUACCAGUGGCUAUUCGUGGGAUAUUGCCUAACAAUGUUAGGAAGACUAUAACGAGGUUGUUCCUGUUUUUCAAUGCAAUUUGUUGCAAAGCCAUUGAUCCAUUAAAGUUAGAAGAUUUGGAAAAUGAGGCUGCAGUUAUCUUGUGUCAAUUAGAGAUGUUUUUUCCUCCUUCAUUUUUUGACAUUAUGAAUCACUUGAUUGUUCAUCUAGUAAGGGAGAUUAGAUUAUGUGGUCCAAUAUUUUUACGGUGGAUGUAUCCAAUAGAGCGAUACAUGAAGAUCCUAAAGGGGUAUACCAAAAACCCGCACAGUCCGGAAGCAUCGAUUAUUGAGAGGUACAUUGUAGAAGAAGCAAUUGAAUUUUGUUCUAACUAUUUGUCGGAAGUGAAUGCUGUAGGGGUUCCCAAGUCUCGUCAUGAUGGAAGAUGUAAGGGUGUGGGUACACAAGGUUUAAAGAUCAAGAGCUUAAGUAUUGAUGUGGUUGUUCAAGCGCAUUUGUAUAUAUUGAAUAACACGGAUGAAGUUCAACCUUACUUAUCUGCUCACAAAAGCAUCAUAAAGAAAAAAGUACCCCAAGAUGAAUGA